GAGCCAUUGUAAUCAUACACUGGGCCUAGGUUAUAGUCCUUAUCCGAGAAGACUUGUUCUACCACCAGAACGACUUAGGCUUAAAAGUAGCCUAUUGUAAUCAAUAAACUACUGUGGUAUAAUUUCUCAGCCGAUGUAACUGCAACAUGGAUAAUCUCCAUGGUUACAAAGUUAUCCAAUCACCUGGGAACGAAACCGCGAUGAUAUAAAUCCAGGUACCUCUCUGCAGUCACGUGCUACUUUUUAUCUGCCUGCAAAGAGAAAGAUCUCGAAGAAGAGGGCUAGGCUUUUGUUACACAGAGCGCUAUUUAUUUUAUUUGUAAAUUUACAUAAUGUCUGUUCUUAUAUCAUCAUUAGAAGUGAAAGAUAUUCGCUUCCCAACAUCUCUCGAAGGACAUGGCUCCGACGCAAUGCACACAGACCCGGACUAUUCUUGUGCGUAUGUGAUUAUUGGUACAAAUGUGAAUGAUGGCUUAUUUGGACAUGGCCCAACAUUUACCUGUGGAAGAGGCACUGAAGUUAUAUGUCAAACUGUUAAGGCAUUGUCACCAUUUGUUCUUGGACAAGAUUUUGCUAAAAUUGUGUCUGACUUUGGAGGAUUUUGGAGAACAAUUACCAGCGAAUCCCAAUUAAGAUGGAUUGGUCCAGAAAAGGGAGUUAUACACUUGGCCUGUGCUGCUAUUCUCAAUGCAUUGUGGGAUCUUUAUGGUAAACGAGAACAAAAGCCUGUGUGGAAACUUCUUACAGAUAUGACUCCAGAACAGCUUGUUUCUUGUAUAGAUUUUCGUUAUAUAACUGAUGUUGUAACAAAAGAAGAGGCAAUAGAAAUGCUUCAGAAACAGCAGUCAACCAAGAAGGAUAGAGAAAAGUUUCUUCAAGAAAAUGGCUACCCAGCAUACACAACUUCCACAGCUUGGCUUGGGUACUCGGAUGACACUCUACGAGAGAAAUGUAAAAAGGCUCUUUCUGAGGGUUGGACAAGAUUCAAAAUGAAAGUUGGAGCUAACAUAGAAGAUGACAAAAGAAGAGCAGCAAUGAUGCGUGAGGAAAUUGGAUGGCAGAAUACACUGAUGAUGGAUUGUAAUCAGAGGUGGGAUGUACCAGAAGCCAUAACCUGGAUGAAAGAGUUGGCGCAAUUCAAGCCACUCUGGAUCGAGGAGCCAACAUCCCCAGAUGACAUCCUCGGACAUGCCACCAUUGCUAAGGCCCUGAACCCUCUGGGCAUUGGUGUUGCCACUGGUGAGAUGUGUCAGAACAGGGUGAUUUUCAAGCAGAUGCUUCAAGCAGGUUCUCUGCAAUUUUUGCAGAUUGACAGUUGUCGUGUUGGCAGUGUCAAUGAACUCCUCGCCAUUCUCUUGAUGGCUAAGAAAUUUGAUGUUCCUGUGUGUCCACAUGCCGGUGGCGUUCUGCUGUGUGAGCUGGUCCAUCAUAUAAGUAUGUUUGAUUUUUGCUGUGUGUCUGGAACAAUGCAAAACAGAGUGAUAGAAUUUGUGGAACAUCUACGUGAUAAUUUUGUUUAUCCAGUCAGAAUGAAAGGCACAAACUACCUCCCACCACAGGAGGCUGGUUACUCUUCUGAGCUCACAGCUAAGUGCAUAGAAGAAUACGAGUAUCCCAGUGGCAAAAUUUGGACAGAGUUGAUUCAAUCUGGAAAAUUUAAUGUCUAAUUCUGUUAACAGUCGUUAGUGUAUGGAACCUAUGAACUAGCCGCCCUCUAGAAUACAGGAAUUAUUUUAUACGGAGUGCUUAAGACUUAAGACAUAGCUAUAUAAUGCUAUUUUACUUAAGUAGGUUACUCAAGAUAAUAACUUGUUCCUAUAAUUAUUAAUUCAUAUUUUUAACAAUAGAAAUAUAUUACAGUACAAUUUUAAUUGGUAAAAUUAGGGGGGGGGGGGAAUUCUAGAAUCACAUUGAUCAAAACAUUUAAAUGUUAGCUUAUUUGCAAUUUUUGUUUUUACAGUACUUUGAAAUUCAUAAAUGAUUACAGACAAUUUAAAUGUGUACACAAAUGAUAUAGAAUUUGUUUAUGUAAAGUGUCACGAAAAAAAAAUAUUUCCGUUCUAUUUUUUUAUGAGAGUUGAUAUAUGCAUUUUAAGAUUGGCUUCAAUAUUUAUAAAUGAAAACAAUUGAAGAAAGAAUGAAUUAAAAGAAAAAAAUUAAAAAUGUGUUCUUUUUUUGUUAAGAAAUAAUAAUAGAACAACUAAAAGAUAUAAUUUUAUAAGUAAACCAUAUUGCAUUUCGGGGUAAACAGCUAAAGGGAAUAUGACAGAAAGCGCCACCACUAUUAUUGUGAACAAAAAUUUUUACUACCAGUUGUGUUUGAAUGUCAAGAGAAAAUGAGUAAUGUUUUUGUUGAUGAUAACGACGAUUCUGAUGACGAUGAAAACUUCAACGUAUUUCAAAACAAUAUAAAAAGGACUACAAAGAUCACAAUUAUACAACCUAUGAACUGAAGGGCAUUUAUAUAGCCCCCUCUAGAAUAAAACAAUUAUUUUAUAGCGAGUGCUUGACACUUAAAUAUAGAACAUU